AUGCGCAUUUUGAGUCUCACAGGUGUCGUGGUCUCACAGGUGUCGUGGUCUCACAGGUGUCGUGGUCUCACAGGUGUCGUGGUCUCACAGGUGUCGUGGUCUCACAUGUGUCGUGGUCUCACAGGUGUCGUGGUCUCACAGGUGUCGUGGUCUCGCAGGUGUCGUGGUCUCACAGGUGUCGUGGUCUCACAGGUGUCGUGGUCUCACAGGUGUCGUGGUCUCACAAGUGUCGUGGUCUCACAGGUGUCGUGGUCUCCCAGGUGUCGUGGUCUCACAGGUGUCGUGGUCUCGCAGGUGUCGUGGUCUCGCAGGUGUCGUGGUCUCGCAGGUGUCGUGGUCUCGCAGGUGUCGUGGUCUCGCAUGUGUCGUGGUCUCGCAGGUGUCGUGGUCUCGCAGGUGUCGUGGUCUCGCAGGUGUCGUGGUCUCGCAGGUGUCGUGGUCUCGCAGGUGUCGUGGUCUCGCAGGUGUCGUGGUCUCGCAGGUGUCGUGGUCUCGCAGGUGUCGUGGUCUCGCAGGUGUCGUGGUCUCGCAGGUGUCGUGGUCUCGCAGGUGUCGUGGUCUCGCAGGUGUCGUGGUCUCACAGGUGUCGUGGUGUCUCAGAACAGGGACCCUGCCUCACGAGUGUCGCAGCUCGGGGAGCACCCAAAGGCCGCCCGGGAUGGAUCCGUGCAAGGUGCUGUCGCUCAGAUCCCUGGCAGGGAGUGA